AUGUGUACAGACACUGACACUAAGGUUGUCUUUGAUAGCUCUCAGAAAGAUUCGAAUAGUCUGAAAACGUCGGAUCAGAAAUCUGACGGUUCACUAGCAGGUAAAGAUAAUGAAUCGGAGAUACCUUAUUCUAGAUUUAAAAGAAGAGAUAAACUGUUAUUAGUUGCACAAUGUGCAUCAACAGGUCUUUUCUCAUCAAUAGCAGCCUCCAUCUAUUUCCCAGUUUUAACAACUGUGGAAAGAAAAUUCCAUAUUACUGAAGAACAGGCAAAUAUUACGGUUGUAGUUUACUAUGUCUUUCAAGGACUUUCACCUUCAUUUAUGGGAAAUAUGGCAGAUACUCUAGGUAGAAGACCAGUUAUCUUGGUAUCUGUUCUAAUUUAUUUUGUCGCCUGUUUAGGGAUUGCAUCUUGCAAUACUUAUUCACAAUUAAUUGGUUUAAGAUGCUUGCAAGCCGCCGGAAUUUCACCUGUAAUCGCCAUUAAUAGUGGUAUGAUGACUGAUAUUACAACUAGGGCGGAAAGAGGCGGUUAUGUUGGUUACACUUCAGGCUGUCAGGUGCUUGGAAGUGCAUUUGGAGCCCUAAUCGGAGCUGGUCUAUCUUCCCGCUGGGGGUGGAGAUCUGUAUUUUGGUUUCUAUCAAUUGGAUCUGGUAUAUGUCUUGUAAUUUCGACUUUACUGUUACCAGAGACAAAGAGAACCAUUGUGGGCAAUGCUUCCAUUACACCUAGGUCAAUUCUCAACAGAUCACCGAUUCUGGCGAUUCCCGCCGUGAGACGAGAAUUACAUUUGGAUAAUCCAGAUCUACAAACGUUAGAACCAUCACCAAAGAUGAAUAUCUUGGCAUCUUACAAAAUUUUACUUACACCUGAAAUUGAUCUCUUGCUAUUCGUUGCAGGGUUACAAUUUGCAACAUGGACUACCCACCAGACGGCAUUAUCGUUAAAUUUGAGUAAAAAAUACAAUUUAUCAGUCGCAAAAAUUGGUCUUUGCUUCUUACCUUCAGGAAUAUCUACAUUACUGAGUGUUGUAUUCUCAGGUAGAUUUCUAAAUUGGAAUUACAAGAGAAGAUUAGCACUACAUAAUAAUUGGCUUCAAGAACAAAAGAAACAAUUAUUUGAGGAAAAUGACAAUGAUAUUGAUAGAGUUAACCACCUUUUAGCGACUGAUCCUCGUUACCAUUUCAAUAUCUUUCGCGCCAGAUUACAACUGGCAUUCUUUACUUUAGUCUUAUCGAGUGGUGGAUUUGCAGCUUUUGGUUGGUGUAUCCAAGUAAAGGCGCCACUAGCGGCUGUUUUGGUUACUAGCGGUUUCGCCUCACUUUUUUCCAACUGUAUUUUAACCAUGUCUACAACAUUAGUCGUAGAUCUCUUCCCUUCAAAGGCUUCGACUGCAGCAGGCUUGGUUAAUCUGUUCAGAUGCAUGCUCUCAGUAGUUUUCAUUGCUUCCCUUCAUAAGAUGUCUUCAAAAAUGAAUUACGGUGGUGUCUUUACUUUUCUAGCAGCAUUGACUGCAUCUUCAUCCGUUCUGCUGUUAAUACCAGUGUCGAACGGUAAGACUCUUUCUUAUAGACGUCGUGAAGAAGAGAGGAGAUUAUUAGAAGAUGUCGAGAAUUGA